ACUGGACAGGCGUGAAGGCGGUGCAUUCCUGGGACGGAGGCGCAGUCGCCAGCGUGGGCCCAGCGGCCCCGUCCCCAGCUCGCCCGCCCCUCCCCAUUUCCCCCGCCCCCCUGCCUCGCAUCCCCAGCAGCACCUCGCGCCCUGACCAGCGCCCGCCCUAUAAUAGGCUGUGGUGCGGGGCGGCCUCGCUGGGGCGGAGAAAGCAGCAGGCUCUUCCGAGGCCGCGCCUUCGAGCCACCGGGGGCUGGCCUCGCUCACUCGGCCGGGAGAGCUUCUAGGGGCGCGGGCAAGAUCGGCUGGCUGGCUGGCUGGCUGGCUGGCUGGCGGCAGGGAGCGCCCCGGCGGGAUCGGCGCAGGGAUCGACGGCCCGCGGCGGAGACGAGGAUGGCCCCGGCCGGGCCCCGGCCUCUCCGCGCCCUGGGGGAAGCGCCGGCCCCGGGGCUGGCCUGAGGGCCGCGGGCUGGACUGGCCUCGGCGGGGCUGGGCUGGGGGCUCCCCCGGGCUCCUCGCCACCAUGCAGCACCCCUUGGACCUGGGCGCCCCCGCCCACUAUUUCCCCGCCGAAGCCUUCGUCGACCACCGAUCGCAUCGCUACCGGAGCUUUAUGAUCGAGGAGAUCCUGACGGAUCACCCGGACGCCAAAGGCUCGGCGCCGGCCGGGGAGCUGCUCAAGUUCGGCGUGAAGGCGCUGCUUUCGGCUCGGCCUUACCACACCCCUUUGGCCGUGCUGAAGGCGGAGCAGGCAGCCGUCUUCAAGUUCCCGCUGGCGCCGCUGGGCUGCUCGGGCUUGAGCUCUGCUCUGCUGGCCGCCGGGUCCGGGCUCCAAGGCUCCCCCGGAGCCCCUCACCUGCCCCUGGAGCUGCACCUCCGCGGGAAGCUGGAGCAGGGAGGCCCCGAGGCGGGCGGCAAAGCCAAGAAAGGUCGCCGGAGCCGCACCGUCUUCACCGAGCUGCAGCUGAUGGGCCUGGAGAAGCGCUUUGAGAAGCAGAAAUACCUCUCGACGCCGGACAGAAUAGACCUGGCGGAGUCCCUGGGGCUGAGUCAGCUGCAGGUGAAAACCUGGUACCAAAAUAGACGAAUGAAGUGGAAGAAAAUAGUCCUGCAGGGCGGAGGGCUCGAGUCUCCCACCAAGCCCAAAGGGCGCCCGAAGAAAAACUCGAUCCCCACCAGCGAGCAGCUGACGGAGCAGGAGCGAGCCAAGGAAGUGGACAAACAAGCCGAGAGCCUCCGUUCCCCCAGCGAGGUCAGCCAGGAGGAAUAGCCGAGGCCCGGGAGCCUGAACGCAAAGACUGGCGGACUCCAAAGGCGCCUUUUCCGUGCGAGAGGCUGCGGCUCCCAGCGCCAGCUGAACCUGGACGCUUUGGUGGCACUUCCAGCUAUAAGGCAGGGACGAACCUUUGGUGGCGCGCCUUGCCAGCCGAUGGACUAGACCUCAUGGAGGCCUUGGCCAGUCCUCUUCCAUUUGUUUCCACCACGUGGAUCGCCUGCUGCUCAACAGGAGUAGGUGGAAUACGCGGAGCCCAUCAAGGGCUUUUGUUUUUAAGAAGCUGCCAAGCUGAAAGAAGAAGAUGGGUGACGAAAUGGUUAGUGGACCCUUCCCAGUGGAUUCCAUUUGAAGGAUCCCUCCCGCCUCCCUGUGUAAAGCGCAGGGCGCCUGCUCUUGUCUGUCUGGGUGGGCACUGCUGGGGGAGGUGGGGUCGUGGUUUCAUGGUCUCCACAAGGCAGACGAUAGUUUUGCAGUCCUCUCCCCCUGGCGGAUUCCGCAUGGGCCAAAAACAGUGGUGUGAAAAUGGUGUGAGAGCUGCGUAAACCCUUUUACUCCAUUUUAAACCCUUUUAUACCAUUUUCACACCGCUGUUUUUGGCCCAUGCAGAAUCCGCCCCGUCUGAGGUCCUGGAUUACCCCAAGUUAUUAGACCAGUUAACUUUACAAUCGAUUUUUAUUCACGUGAAAAUAUUGAUUUUGUUUCAAUAAAGUAUUUUAUGAAUGACAGGCC